AUGAGUGCAAAUCCACCACAAGAUCCCAAUAAUCGACAGUUGAGUCCAAUGACAGCACAGUCACCACAACACAUCCCAAAGCCAACCACUCUGAGGCCAGUGAACUGUCCGCCUGAACUCGAAUACCUCUUACAAGUGGAUCAGUUAAUAGUCAAACAAAAAGUGGAAAUAUUGGAGACAUUUACCGGAUUUGAGACAAACAAUCAGAACGACAUCCAAAACAAUUUGGGCCAAAAUGUAUACCUGGCCUCCGAGGACACCGACUGCUGCACCCGUAACUGUUGCGGACCUAACCGUGCGUUCAAUAUGCGAAUCGUUGGGCCAUCCAAUCGAAAGGUCCUGCAUUUGGUGCGACCCCUCAGAUGUGACACUUGUUUCUGCUUCUGUUGUCUUCAGUACAUGCGAGUGGAGGCGCCGGUCGGACACCUCAUCGGAUACGUCGUACAGGACUGCAGUUGUUUGAGACCAGCCUUUCAUAUAUCGGACGCCAACGGGAAUCAGACGAUGAGAAUCUGUGGACCCGUUUGUGUCAAGACGUCGAGUUCGAUGUCUUAG